AUGGCGUGCUGUCUGUCCGAGGAGGCGCGUGAGCAGAAGCGCAUCAACCAAGAGAUCGAGAAGCAGCUCCAGAGGGACAAACGCAACGCUCGUCGCGAAUUAAAAUUACUAUUGCUAGGUACCGGAGAAUCUGGUAAAUCAACGUUUAUCAAGCAGAUGCGAAUUAUUCACGGGCAAGGAUACUCUGACGAAGAUAAACGGGCGCACAUUCGAUUAGUUUAUCAAAAUGUUUUCAUGGCAAUUCAAUCCAUGAUCCGUGCUAUGGAUACCUUGGGUAUCGAAUUCGGAGAUAAGUCCGAAGAACUUGCCGAAAAGGCUGCUGUGGUUAGGGCAGUAGAUUUUGAGAGUGUUACUUCUUUUGAAGAACCUUAUGUAUCAUACAUUAAAGAAUUGUGGGAGGAUUCUGGCAUCCAAGAAUGCUAUGACAGACGAAGAGAAUACCAGCUCACUGAUUCUGCCAAAUAUUAUCUUUCUGAUUUGAGACGAUUAGCUGUCCCUGAUUAUCUGCCCACUGAACAAGAUAUCCUUAGAGUUCGUGUUCCCACCACUGGUAUCAUUGAAUACCCUUUUGAUUUGGAACAAAUUAUUUUUAGAAUGGUUGACGUAGGAGGUCAGCGAUCUGAACGAAGGAAGUGGAUUCACUGCUUUGAAAAUGUCACUUCCAUUAUGUUUCUUGUAGCUUUGUCUGAAUAUGACCAAGUCCUCGUCGAAUGCGAUAAUGAGAAUCGUAUGGAAGAAUCCAAGGCCCUCUUCCGAACAAUUAUUACGUACCCAUGGUUCACUAAUUCUUCUGUAAUCCUAUUUCUUAAUAAGAAAGAUUUACUUGAGGAGAAGAUUCUGUAUUCGCACUUAGCUGAUUAUUUUCCUGAGUAUGAUGGUCCCCCACGAGACCCUAUUGCUGCUCGCGAAUUCAUAUUAAAAAUGUUCGUUGAUCUAAAUCCGGACGCUGAUAAGAUUAUUUACUCCCAUUUUACCUGUGCUACUGAUACGGAAAAUAUCCGUUUUGUCUUCGCCGCAGUAAAGGACACGAUCCUGCAGCAUAAUCUCAAGGAGUACAAUCUGGUGUAG